CCUUUCUUCUCCUUCUAUAAAAAUCCUCCAUUUUUUCUCGUUUCUUCAAAACUCAAAAAAAAAAAAAAAAUGGUUUCACUUGAAGAAUCUCAGUCUCAUUCACAUUCUCAUAGUGUUAAUAGUGUUUCUAGUACUACCCAUUUUGGCCAAACACGGCCUUAUUACUACACUCCACCGCCGUUAUCUUCCGCCGCUAAAUUCAACCGUUCAAUUGGUCGGUCCAUGAGAACUAUCCGAUCAUCAACUACUUUCCGUUCAACUAAUUGUUCCGGCUCCGUUUCUGAAAACUCCGGUGCUAUUUCCGAGAAUCUUACCGACUCCGUCAUUGAUAUUCAUCUUGGCGAGCUUUCGAGAAAGUCUCAGGCGAAUAAAUCCUCAACUUCCGAAGAGGAUUUUCUGGAACUUUCUCAAGCUUUCAGUGAUUUCUCAGCUUGUAGUAGUGAUAUCUCUGGAGAGUUACAGCGGUUAGCAAGUGUUCCGGUUUCGGAUCAGGGUAACCCGAAUUCUAAACACGAGCCCGAACCGGAACCUUGCUUCGGGUUUCUAGAAAGAGAGAAAUUUUCAACGGAGAUAAUCGAGAGUAUUUCGCCGGAGGAUCUUCAACCGACGGUGAAACUCUGCGUCGACAGCUUAAAUUCUCCUUCAGUCGCCGUUAAAAGAUCAGCGGCAGCUAAAUUAAGGUUAUUAGCGAAGAAUCGGGCUGAUAAUCGGGCUUUAAUAGGCGAAUCGGGUGCAAUUCCAGUCCUAAUCCCACUUCUUCGGUGCACCGACCCGUGGACGCAAGAACACGCAGUAACAGCACUGUUAAAUCUCUCACUUCACGAACCAAACAAGACCUUAAUCACUUCAUCAGGGGCAAUUAAGUCAUUAAUCUACGUGCUCAAAACCGGGACUGACACGUCGAAACAGAAUGCUGCCUGUGGGCUUUUAAGCUUAGCUUUAGUUGAUGAAAAUAAGCUUUCAAUUGGUGCUUGUGGUGCUAUUCCACCAUUAGUGGGACUACUUAUAAAUGGAACAAAUAGAGGAAAAAAAGAUGCUUUAACGACUCUUUAUAAGCUUUGUUCAGUGAAAUUAAAUAAAGAGAGGGCUAUUGUUGCAGGUGCAGUGAAGCCAUUAGUAGGGCUAGUUUGUGAAAAUGGGAAUGGAUUAGCUGAAAAAGCUAUGGUGGUGUUGAGUAUAUUGGCUGGGAUUGAAAUGGGAAAAGUGGCUAUUGUUGAAGAAGGUGGAAUUGCUGCACUUGUUGAAGCUAUUGAAGAUGGUUCUGAUAAAGGAAGGGAAUUUGCAGUGUUGACACUUUUGCAACUUUGUGUGGAUAGUGUUAGAAACAGAGGGCUUCUUGUUAGAGAAGGUGGAAUUCCUCCUCUUGUUGCCUUGUCUCAAAAUGGUACUGCUAAAGCUAAGCACAAGGCAGAAACUCUACUGGGAUACUUGAGAGAACCAAGACAAGAAGCAUCAAGUUCUACCCCUUGAGAGAAAUAGUAGUUUUAGACUAUGUUGCGCGGACUCUCCAAAAUGAUGCCGCACCCGUGUCGGAUCCUCCAAACAUUUUUUUGGAGGAUCCGACAUGCACCCGGCAACAUUUUCAGAGAGUAUAGGUUUUAGACUAGUAUUUCUACUGUAGUGGUUUUGUUCUGUAUAUAGGAAGAAGUGGUUUGAAGAGUUUGUACAGAGUGUUUUAGAAAUUUGAGAGUAAUGGAUGAUCUCAGAUAAUAUAAAAAAACUAAAAAAAUAAUAUUAUUAGAAGCUAGUGAAGAAACUCUGACCUUAUUUUUGACUAGGUAUAUUUAGAGGGAGGAGGAUGUUGUUUGCCUAGUUUUGGGUUUUUUCUUUUUGGUUUGGUAAGAAUUUGGGUUAUUAUCCUCUAGUUUUGUUUGUGAGGUCCAAGUUCUUGUAGAAGGGUUACUAAUUUUCUUGAUUUUUAGUGUGUGAAAAUCAACUAGCAUAGUAGGCUAGAGGUUGUUUUUUCCUUUUUUUUUUUUGAACAUGAAUAUAUGCUAGUGUAUGAAGCAAAACAUAUUUGGCCAUUUAUGUGAUAUUUUCAUGAAUUAUGAGAACAUCAAAAUUUCCAAGCUU